UUUGAAAAUGACUUUUUAUCUGCGCUCAAGUGGAAAGGCCAGACUGGUGCAGGCUUACUUGAAAGUGGUGAUCCUCAUAGUGUGGAAGAAUACAUAAAAAGAAUAUGUCCUUUUUAUGAAGACCUUCACGUGAUAUUUGGACGUCGCAUAAGUGUUCAGCCACCAGCGAUUUAUCAAUCAACAGAGUUGGUGUCAGCGUUGGACGAUACUUAUAUAGAAUAUACCCCAGAGAUAGACCCCGACACAAGUUCUUCGAGUCCGUUACCCAGUCCGUCCGUUAUUAUGUAUCCGUCUGCAAAUGAAGUAGUUAGUCCGCCCGCUAAUUUUGCAUGCACAUCUACACCAAGAAGAAAUAUGAAAAGAUCUCAUAGCAGUUCAAAUCCAUUUUCAUUACUUUUCGAAAUCCAAAAUAAGAAGUUGGAACUGGAAAUGAAAAAAUUGGAAAUUGAAAAAGAGAGAGAGGAAAACAGUUUUCAAUUGCAGAAAUUACGGUUGGAGAAAGAAAUGGAAGUAGAAAUGGAAAAAGUCAGAUUGGAACACGAACGGUUGAAAAGCUAAGUAGCUCAUAAGUUGCCAAAAUGUAAUCAUCUGUAUUCCAAUAUAAGAUUUUUUUCAUUUUGACUUUUUCUUCUUAAUACAAUGGUUUGUUUUACUUAUAGUGACUUAGUGAAUGUGGUCCACCUUGCUUUUUUUUUACUUUAUGCGUAUUAAGUUAUUUCUAGUCAAAUAAUUUAUGUUACUUGUUUAUGUAAAGAAAUUGAAUUUUAUUUGAAAAAAUAAGUAAGAAAAGAAUUUUUAAAUUAAGAUAUUUAUUGAUUAAACAAUUGUUCAAAGAUUUGUCGUCGCCUUAUCUCCCCUUCAUUGGUACGAACAUUUGGCUCCCAUAACGACUCGUCAAUACUGUGCUCCGAAUUCUCAGGUUGGUAAUCGAAAUAAUCGUCUUGUUGGAGUAUAAAGUUGUGUAACAA